AUGCAACCUAUGGUCAUGCAGGGAUGCCCUUACACCCUCCCACGAUGUCAUGAGUGGCGGGCAGCUGACCACUUCCAUCACAGCAGCAGCCUCCGAAGCACCUGCGCCCAGCCUCAGGUUAGAGCUGCUGCCACCACCCCUGCGCCUCCUCACGAUGGUGCUGGGGUGCCCUACCUAAGCCCAAAGCUAUUCAACGGGUCUGUUGGUGCCGCUGGACCCCUGGAACCACCAGCCAUGAACCUGUGUUGGAAUGAAAUCAAAAAGAAGUCGCACAGCCUCCGCGCCCGCCUAGAGGCCUUCUCAGAUCACAGUGGAAAGCUUCAGCUCCCUCUCCAAGAGAUUAUUGACUGGCUCAGCCAAAAGGAUGAGGAAUUGUCAGCUCAGCUGCCCCUACAAGGGGAUGUGGCCCUGGUGCAACAGGAGAAGGAGACGCACGCGGCCUUUAUGGAAGAUGUCAAGUCUCGGGGCCCCUAUAUCUACUCUGUGUUGGAGUCAGCUCAGGCCUUCCUCUCCCAGCACCCAUUUGAUGAAUUAGAGGAGCCUCGCUCUGAGAGCAAAGAUACCUCUCCCAGACAGCGGAUCCAGAAUCUUAGCCGCUUUGUGUGGAAGCAGGCAACGGUGGCCAGUGAACUAUGGGAGAAGCUGACAGCCCGCUGCGUGGACCAGCACCGCCACAUUGAGCGCACUCUGGAGCAGCUGUUGGAGAUCCAAGGGGCAAUGGAGGAAUUAAGCGCGACUCUGACUCAGGCCGAGGGAGUCCGAGCCACUUGGGAGCCCAUUGGGGAUCUCUUCAUUGAUUCACUUCCUGAGCACAUCCAGGCUCUUAAGCUAUUCAAAGAAGAAUUCUUCCCCAUGAAAGAUGGAGUGAAGUUGGUGAAUGAUCUGGCCCAUCAACUUGCCAUUUCUGAUGUGCACUUGUCAAUGGAGAACUCCCGGGCCCUGGAGCACAUCAACAGCCGGUGGAAACAGCUACAGGUGUCAGUUGGUGAGAGACUUAAGCAGCUCCAGGAUGCCCACCGGGACUUUGGGCCUGGGUCACAGCACUUCCUCUCCUCCUCUGUUCAGGUUCCUUGGGAAAGAGCAAUUUCACCCAAUAAAGUUCCCUACUAUAUCAACCACCAGGCUCAGACCACAUGCUGGGACCAUCCCAAGAUGACUGAGUUAUACCAAACCCUAGCUGAUCUGAACAACAUUAAGUUCUCAGCUUACCGCACUGCCAUGAAGCUACGCAGAGUCCAGAAGGCACUGCGUCUGGACCUGGUAACUUUAACCACAGCCCUGGAGAUCUUCAAUGAGCAUGAUCUGCAGGCCAGUGAGCAUGUAAUGGAUGUGGUGGAGGUCAUUCACUGCCUGACUGCCUUAUAUGAACGGCUGGAGGAGGAAAGAGGCAUCCUGGUCAACGUGCCACUCUGUGUGGACAUGAGCCUCAACUGGCUCCUCAAUGUUUUUGAUAGUGGUCGCAGUGGAAAGAUGCGGGCAUUGUCCUUUAAGACUGGCAUUGCAUGCCUGUGUGGCACAGAAGUGAAGGAAAAACUGCAGUACCUCUUCAGCCAAGUGGCCAACUCAGGCAGCCAGUGUGACCAACGCCACCUUGGUGUCCUGCUUCAUGAGGCCAUUCAGGUGCCCCGUCAGCUGGGGGAAGUGGCGGCCUUUGGGGGCAGCAACGUGGAGCCCAGCGUCCGUAGUUGCUUCCGUUUUAGCACUGGGAAGCCAGUCAUUGAAGCUUCACAGUUCCUGGAAUGGGUCAACUUGGAGCCCCAGUCCAUGGUGUGGCUGGCUGUUCUGCAUCGGGUCACCAUUGCUGAACAAGUGAAGCAUCAGACCAAGUGCUCUAUCUGUAGGCAGUGCCCCAUCAAAGGCUUCAGGUACCGGAGUCUGAAACAAUUUAACGUGGACAUCUGCCAGACCUGCUUCCUGACAGGCAGGGCCAGCAAGGGCAACAAGCUUCAUUAUCCCAUCAUGGAGUAUUACACCCCGACCACAUCCAGUGAGAACAUGAGGGACUUUGCCACUACCUUAAAGAACAAAUUCCGCUCAAAGCAUUAUUUCAGCAAACACCCUCAGCGAGGUUAUCUGCCUGUGCAGUCAGUGCUGGAGGCCGACUACAGUGAGACGCCUGCUUCUUCCCCGAUGUUGCCACACGCUGACACACACUCCCGCAUUGAGCAUUUUGCCAGCAGGCUUGCUGAGAUGGAAAGUCAAAAUUGCUCCUUCUUUAAUGACAGCCUGUCCCCAGACGACAGCAUAGAUGAGGACCAGUACUUGCUGCGGCACUCCAGCCCCAUUACAGACCGGGAGCCAGCCUUUGGACAGCAGGCUACGUGCAGCAUGGCCACUGAAAGCAAAGGGGAGCUCGAAAAGAUCCUGGCCCACUUAGAGGGUGAGAACCGGAUUCUCCAGGGGGAGCUGAGGCGCCUGAAGUGGCAGCAUGAGGAGGCUGCUGAGGCACCCACCCUGGCUGAGGGCUCUGCCGAGGUGGCACAGGACCACCGCAAUGAGGAGCUGCUGGCUGAGGCCCGGAUCCUUCGACAGCACAAGAGCCGCCUGGAGACACGCAUGCAGAUUCUUGAAGACCACAACAAGCAACUCGAGUCCCAGCUGCAGCGCUUAAGGGAGCUGCUCCUGCAACCACAUACUGAAUCGGAUGGCAAUGGCUCUGCAGGCUCGUCCCUGGCUUCCUCUCCGCAGCAGUCAGAAGGCAGUCACCCCCAGGAGAAGGGACAGACUACUCCAGACACUCAAGCUGCAGAUGAUGUGGGGUCAAAGAGCCAAGAUGUCAGCCUGUGCUUGGAAGACAUUAUGGAGAAGCUCCGCCAUGCCUUCCCCAGUGUGCGAAGUUCUGAUGUGACUACCAACACUCUGCUGGCCUCCUGAUGGAACCAGAUCCCCAUCCUAUAGUCCACGGUCC